CACUCGAUACGUCAGAAUGGCGCGGUUGCGUCAACUGCGACUUCUUUUGUGGAAGAACUACAUCUUGCAGUUUCGACGUCCUUUUGGUACAAUUGUUGAAAUAAGCUUGCCUAUACUUGCUAUGCUGGUGCUAGCUCUGAUUCGGUUUGUGAUUGAUUCCAGUGCCGGAAAUUCAGGAGAGAAGUGCUUUUCUACUUUUGAUGAGCAUUCAUUGACUGACCAGUAUGGAGACCUUGAUAACUUGCAACCUCCUUACAAGAUUGCCUAUUCUUCUAAUUCAUGUUCCGAAGUUGAUUGGAUUAUGGAGAUGGCUGCUGAAACUCUUGGUGCCAAGAAUACAGUGGAAGCUAAGGGAUUCAUGACUGAACAAGAAGCAGUGCUUGCUGCACAGGAAGAUGAGUUGCAAGAGGACUUUCAUUAUAUUGGUGUUGCUGUAUUUGAUUCUAAUUGUGGCAAGGCAGUUGGCAAUAGGGUGGAGUAUACAGUCCGCUUACCUCAUGAUCGUGGAGAAGAGAAUUCAUGGAAGACAGACAGGGUUUACCCACUGUUUCAACAACCAGGACCAAGAAAAGAUCAACAGUAUUUGCGGGGAUUUGUGCAACUGCAGUUUGCUAUUGAGCAGGCUGUAACGGCAUGGAAGACGCAGAAUAUGAGUGGAAAUUUACCAACUAAUCUCAUUCCUGUGACUCUACGUCAAUUUCCUUUUCCGUCAUAUCCUGCUGAUGCAUUUUCAGACCUUGCUCGUCUUUUUCUUCCUCUCUUGCUGAUGUUUGCAUUUAUAUACACAGCAGGUCAAGUCGUUAAGGAGUUGGUUUAUGAGAAGCAAGAACGUUUGAAGGAGACAAUGAAAGUGAUGGGAUUAGCUAACUGGGUUCACUGGACAGCAUGGUUUAUCAAGGAACUUUCAUUUCUUCUUGUUCCAAUUAUUAUCACAACUAUUAUUGCAUCUGUUGGGAAAGUGUUUAAAGAAAGUGAUGGAUUUAUUGUCUUUAUCUUCUUUUUUGCAUUUGUGAUAUCGGGCAUAUCAUUCAUGUUCUUGCUCAGCACUUUCUUCUCAUCAGCAAGAUUGGGGAUGAUAUGUGGGUACUUGUUUUGGUUUCUCACAUUUUUUCCAUACCUCAUUGUGACUGGAGACAACAUAUAUGGGUCAAUGAACAGUUGGAAUGCUGUUACAGAAGAGGAGAAUGCUUUAACACCUAACUUCUACAAAGAUUGUUCUUUUCUUUUAGACCAUAACAAGCUGCAGAUUGUAAGGGUGUUGUUCCUGUUCUAG